UGUGUGUUUAUUUUUCCUAGAGACAUAGCUGGAGGCACUGUGAAUCCCAGUAUCUCUCAAAAGCAAAGAGAUCCAGGUCUGUCGGAUUGCCACAGGAAGUGCACCAGUGCACCAGAGGUGGAAGCAUACAGAAGAGACCCUGUCUGGACAUUGAAAGACCUGCUCCCCUGGAUGUCAAUAACUACAGCUUCCACUCUAUACUUGGACGAGGAGGCUUUGGCUGGGUGAUGUUGGCUUCUUUUAGGCCAAAGAAACAACUUGUGGCAAUGAAGAUCUUGACGAAGGAGUCUGAGAAGAACGACUGCCAUGCCAUCGCUAAAGAGGCCCGUCUACUAAAAAUCAGCAGAGAAUGUGCAUUUUUAUGUCAAUCUUAUGCAGUUUUUCAGUCAGAGCUGGAAGCCUUCUUUGUCCUGGAAUAUGCCAGUGGGAAGUCUUUAGGGCAAAUGAUUUCGAGUGAAGGAAAGCUACCAACAUCAACAAUCAGGUUCUACACAGCAGAGAUGGUGGUUGCCCUCCAGUUCCUGCAUUCCAAGGGAAUCAUUCAUCGUGAUCUCAAGCCGGACAACAUAUUGAUCGAUAAAGACGGCCAUAUAAAGAUCUGCGACUUUGGUAUUGCAGAAGAAAACAUCAUUGGCCAGAGGAAGACCUACGGCUUAGCAGGAACCCCUGGAUACCGGGCACCAGAGAUUCUAUCAUAUGAGGACUACAAUGCAGCCGUGGAUUGGUGGUCUUUUGGGGUUACAAUGUACAAAAUGGCCACAGGAGUCUUGCCGUUUUCAGCAGCAGGCAGCAUUCAAAAACAACGUUUGGUAAUUAUUAUGAAACCACCAACUUACCCAUGUGAUAUGAACGAGGAAAUGCUGGACCUCCUGCCUAAGCUUUUGGAAAUGAAUGCGACUCAACGGAUUGGACUGAAUGGUAACAUCAGGGAGCAUGCUUUCUACAGCACCAUCAACUGGGAAGAUCUGGAGAACCGAAGACUGGAGACCCCUUUUCAGCCAGGAAUGCCACCUGUAGACGACUUCGAAGAAUUUCCGAUAACGUUCUCCCGUCAAAGUUCCAGUGAAAAAAACAAUCUGAAAGAUUUCUCUGAAGUUGAUCCCAACUGGAACUGGCAGGAGUAAGGCAUUACCUUUGUUCUAACAUGGGACACCAUCUUUAGUUGCUGCCUGUAACAACCUGAGGCCCUUAACAUCAUACCAUAUUUGGCAAGCUCCACCCCUAAACAACCAAUCCACCUGUAUUGUCAAACCUAAACCAUCUCCUGUGAAUGUCACCUGGUUCUACCAUCAACACCAGCACCAGACGGGAUCUUUGACUGUAGCUUCUAAAGGAUGGAAAUAGAAAGGUACUGUGGUGAGUUUACAUCUUGAAUGAAGAUUACUAAAUAAAACCAGUUUACACCCCCCCCCCCCCAAACUUCUGCCUCCCUCCUAUUUCCUUACCCAUGAUUAACCCUCAUCCUAAGUGGCUCACGCCAGUGGCAUAAUCAUAAAGGAAGUAGACCCCAUGGCCGCGGGGGGCCCGGUCUACUUCCUUUAUAUUGUCUCUCUCCUACUCCCUUAUCCCUGAUUUCCCUCAUCCUGAUCAGUAAACCACACCCCAAACCUCUGUCACUCUCUUAUUCCCUCACCUAUGAUUAACCCCUUUCCUAAAUGGGCCACGCCAGUGGCAUAAUUAUAAAGGAAGUAGACCCCAUGGCCGCGGGGGGCCCGGUCUACUUCCUUUAUACUGUUUCCUCCUACUCCCUUUCCUCUGAUUUCCCUCAAUCCUAAUCAUUACACAACACCUCAAACAUCUGCCUUCCUCCUAUUCCUUUACCUGUGAUUAACCCUUUUCCUAAGCAGUGGUGUAACUAUAAAGGAAGCAGACACCCUGGCCGCGGGGGGCCCAGGUCUACUUCCUCUAUACUGUCUCCCUUCUGCUCCCUUAUCCCUGAUUUCCUUCCUAAUCACUACUAAACUCCUGCCUCUCUCCUAUUCCCUUACCUGUGAUGACAUAACUAUAAAGAAAGCAGACCCUGUGGUCGCGGGGGGCCCAAGUCUACUUUCUCUAUACGGUCUCCUCCUACUCCCUUUCCAGCCCCAUUCUCUAUUCUCUCCCAGCACCUUUCCUUGCCUGUUCCCAUUUUCUGUGUAUGUGUGUUCUGUGUUGAGUGUUGUGUGUGCUGUGUGUGUAUGAGUAUUUUGUGUGUAUGAGUG